UGCCCAGCUAAAUUUAAGACAAGAAUAAAGUUAUAUUAUAAUAUAAUUGCCAUGUAUACAGGGGUGGACUGACAACUCAUGGGGCCCCCAGGCAAUAGGGGAUCAUGGGGCUCCUGUGUCCUCGCCCACACUCAAACCACACCCAAAAAAGCCUAUGAAAGGUACCAGGGGCAUCUCAUGGGGCCCCCUACUGACCCCGGGCCCUCGGGCAGUGCCCAAGUUUCCAAAUGGUCAGUCCGCCCCUGC